AUGUGCACAAUCCCUUCUGGUGUGACCGUGUCGAUCAAAUCGCGAUUAAGCAUGAUGAAUUUUGUUUUUAAUUUCUGGGGUGUAUGGAAGCAAGACUACGAUUCUGGAAAAUUGAUAUAUGAUAGCUAUAAUUCGAGCGAAAUUAAAGAAAGCUAUGAUAAGAUGACUUAUGAGCGCAUAUAUGAUGAAUUUGUUAAUUGUUAUGGUAGUAAACCUUUGAAAGUCUAUGCUUUAGAUGACGAUUAUACUCUUGAUAAAGGCUUAGUUCUCCUUAGGGAUUCACAGCACUAUAAGAAGGUAAUUGAUUACUUUGAAUUAGUUGGACAAGAAGAUGUCUACUUGUUUGCUGAUCAUGAAAGAGAUCUCAUGCCCCCUAUUACACAUUUACCUUUGUUGGAUGAGGAAAAUGGUAGUGAUGACUUAGAGGAGGUACAUGAUUUGAAGAUUGCAAAUGAUGGUGGGGUUAAUGAUCAGGCAGAGACUGAUGAGAAGGUGGAGACAGUAGACAUUGGGCUAAAGGAGUUACAGGUAGAUGAAGGGAUGGAGAAAUUUGAACAUGAUGAUAAUGUUAUAGGAGUUAAUGAAGUGGGGAGUGAGGAAGAGGGUGAUGACCUAGGUUUUGUGGAAGUUGGGGAGCAUGGUAACUUUGAAUUAGGUAUGACCUUUGUAGGGGCAAAUGAUUGUAGGGAUGCUAUCAAUACCUAUGCUGUGAAAUUUGGAUACAAACUUAAGUUUGUAAAUAAUGAACCUAAGAGAAUCAGAGUCAUUUGCGUUAGUGAGAGGUCUUGUCCGUUUGUUAUGCUUGCUUCAAAGGAUGAGGAGACAGAAGGGUUAGUUGUUAAAACAUUGGUAGCCCAACAUAACUGUACUAAGCAGAGGGAGGUGUCUAGUGCCUCUCAAGCUGGGCAGGUGAAAGAACACUUAAAAAUGCAUCUUAACUUGAUGAAGUGCAAAAAGGCUAAGAGAAUUAUUCUGACCAAGCUUAAAGGCAGCUACAGAGAGGAGUUCAAUAUGCUUCGUGGCUAUAUUGAGAAGGUGAAAGAGACAAACCCGGGGACAAAGAUGGAGCUGCAACUAUCUAGGGACGAGUUGGCAAAUGGUGGAAGGGUUUUCAAGAGGAUUUUUGUCAUGCUUGAUGCAUGUAUGAAGAAUUGGCUUGGGGGUUGUAGGCUGUUGAUUUCUUUAGAUGGUUUUCACCUAAAAGGGGUUACAUUUGGGUUACUUCUCACAACUGUUGGCAAGGAUGAAAAUGAUGGAGUGAUUCCAAGUGCAUGGGCAGUGGUCAAUAAGGAGAACAAGCACAACUGGACUUGGUUUUUAAGUUGGUUGAAGUGUGAGUUACAGCUUGGUAAUGGAUCAAGAGCCACUAUUAUGUCAGAUAUGCAUAAGGGUUUGAUGGAGGCAGUAAAUGAUCAAAUCCCAGAUGUUGAGCAUAGAUGGUGUGCAAGACACAUCUAUGCUAACUGGAGUAAAAAAUGGAGAGGUGAGGAAUUGAAGAAGAGGUUUUGGUUAGCAGCUUGGUCUUCAUUCGAAAAAGAGUUCAAGUUGAACAUGGCGAAGCUUAGCUCUAUAAAGAAGCAGACUGCAGUGGAUCUUCUCCAUUAUCCACCCCAAAACUGGUGUAGAGCAUACACGAGUGACAUAUGCUGCAUUCACAUGGUAGAUAACAACAUCUCUGAAUCUGUAACACCCUGUAUUUUGAGAAGCUAUAUGUGCCCUAGCUCAAACUUAAAUUGA